CCGCGUUAAAAUUCUCGAGGCUUUUGUACCGCUGAGCGACAAAAUAUCGCACGCCCCCCUCCUCUCUAAAAAAUUUCGAAAAAAAUUUAUCUCCCAGUUUCCUCCCUCUCGAGCCCUAAAUUGAAGAUGCCACCGCCUAAAGAUCUCCCUGGUCUCUACUUCGAUCCCGAGAAAAAUCGCUAUUUUCCAAUAAAAGGCCCGAUUCCUGGAUUAAAGCGCCCAUCUCGUUCGCCUGCUGAAUCUUCAGACGGUAAAAAGAAAGCUCACACAAAAAAGACGAGACCGAGGAAUAGGAUGAGGCCUUUGGAGCUUCUUCAGUUUAGGGAGCUUCUGGGUGCAAGCAUCACUUCCAAUAGGCGCAGAUACAAAUUUAAGCAAGAAUUUGAGAAGCUGCAAGCUUCUAGUCCUCGGGUUUGGAGAUAUCCAAGAACAGCUGGUGUUGCAGAUAGCGCUUUGGAGCAAAUGUAUGGCAUCCUCCAAACUUCAAAAGGUUUAAAGGAAACAUGCCUUUUAGCAACAGGAGGUGUCAAUGGUUAUAUCAGUCUGCAUGAGGUUGGAAAUCUUGGACAGUGCUUUGCUUCCCCCUCCAUGUGCACACCAGAACCUGUCUGGCCUAAAGAAGCAGAACUUGAAGCCUGCAAUCGUACUGCAGUUGGAAGUAUUUGGAGUCCACCAGAAGCCUCCACAAGCUUCUCCUCUAGUAUAUCUUGCAUACGAAGGAUAGGGAGGCAUUAUCCUUGUCUACCUGAUGUGGUUUCAUCUUUUCAACGUGCAUUGUAUCCAUUACAGUUUUCAGUUACUUUUUUGAGUUUAAACUUAUUUAUUUGGUUUUUUCCCACAUGCAUUAACAAUAUAGGACUGCUUUUUUAUGUAGAUUAGUAAUUCCGUAUUCUGCAUAAGAAGUCCAACUAUGUUAUAAUUGGAUACUUAACGAUUAAAAACAUGGUGACAACUCUUGGAUCGGGAGUAUCUGGUGGGUCUGUCUAUAUUGUGAAUCUCACUAAACCUCUGGAUUUCGGUCCAGGUUCAAGUGCUCUCCGUCUUCAUAGACGAGCUUUGAAAGUUAAUUCUUUUGAUUGCACAAUAUGGACUACCGAUUGCAGCUGGGAUGGAACACGUGCGGUAAUAGGUACGAAUUUGGGGGCUGCUUUGAUAAACUUAGAGACUAGAUCUUCAUCAUGGGUGUACAAGACUAAAAGCGAUGUCUUCUCACAACAAUUUGAUCAUUCGGGAAAUGUUGUGCUGUGUGGGUUUCGAAAUGGAGCAAUUGUUGAAGUUGAUGUCAGGGAGAAACAAUCACGGCCUUCAGAGGCUUCAUCUAGCAUUCAGAGGAAAAAGUGUUCCUCUAAUCGCACGUUCAUGUCUUCAUCUGUUUGCAGCUUGGUGGCACUUCAAUCUGAUGAUCGGUACUUCUUGGGGAGCUCCAUGGAUGGAUCUAUCAAGCUCUUCGAUCGCCAUCUUCUCCAAAGAGGAGCUAUUCAAUCAUACGAGGGGCAUGUAAACUCACAUAGUCAUCUGCAGCUUGGUGUCAAUCCAUCUGAAACACUUAUGAUAUCUGGCGGUGAGGACCAGUAUGUGAGAAUCUGGAGCAUCAAGACCAGUGAGCUAAUCUUUGAGGAAAAUGUCUCAAAUUCAAUUCUUUCAACUGUUUGUUGGCCACAAGUUGCAGGCAUUUAUUCAGAUGAGAAUCCAUUCGAACAAAACUAUAGUUGGGGCGCUUGGUUGGGAUCUCGCGAAGGGCUUUUUUAUAUGCAUGGCACUUGAUUUAUCUGAAGAAAUGGAUGGAGGCAUGAAAAUUGGAAUGAAUUUUGAUGCAGAGAAUUUUGUUUUCCCCCCUUUUUGUACUUUCAGCUUUGUAUGAUCUAAUGCUUAAUAUGUAACUAAGUUGUAUUUCUUCCACAUGUGCCGAGCCGCUGAAGUGUAUUCUUGUUGUAUAUCUAAAAAUUAAUUCUCAUUCACAAAAUCAGAAGGCAUUGCGAAGAAGAUUAUUUGAGUC